CGCUUUUCAUGAAUCUCUCUCUCACUCUCACCCCUCACGCCUCACUAUCCAAGUCCUUCCCGAAAUCUGCCGUCACCAUCGCCAACGUCGUCAAUUGAAAUGUACGAGCUCUUUCUCACGACGCUCGUCGACGACGAUGAUAUUCAGGCGGCAUGCUCCGUCCUCGGCGGUCUCUGCGCCAUGCCGGCCUGGCAGAGUCUCCAUCGUGUCCUUUAUUUCAAGGGCCCAGGCAAACCCGGCGGAAUCUCGAAUCAAAAUUCCAUCGUCAAAACACCACGCAAGGACAUCCAGAUGCUAUGGAAAGACCUGCAUCAGCAACUGAGUCGGCAAUCUUACAUCCUCCAGGCCCGAUAUGAGGUCUUCAAGGAUAAGGACUUCGGCCCGACCGCUCCGGAAGUGGACUUCAAUGCACGCGCCGGCACCCUCCGAUGGACCGAUUUCCCUGAUCCUCCCCAGGUCCGCUCGUCGGUCACUCAGCGCAAGAAGACUGAAAUUUGGGACCAACGAAACUUGUUGUCUGUGAUGAAAGACAACAACUACCAGUUCAAAAGCGAGGCUAUUGAGGAAACUUAUCAGUUCUUCCGAGAAGAUGUAGAAUUUUGCCUCUCAAGACACUACAUUCUUCAGAUGAACGGCGACAAUGGUCCUCUCACUCAAACAGCUACAUGGGACACCAUGUCACCGGCGGAUCCCGGGCAGCGAUGGAUGUUUCUGAUUAAGGUUCAUGUUCACCAAGACAACAAGCCCGAUGAGAUCCUCAAGGCGCACGAGCAGUUGGCCAAUAUUCGGCGUGAGCUCGAGGGCGUCUUCGAAUUCAAGAUGUUCGACCGACGCAUACACGACACCCGCGUUGCGGUUGAGAUGAGAAAUGCGCCUGCACCACUGCCACAGGUCAUGACCAUCACAGACCAGCGGUAAAGGAUGGCUAUCUUCUCGAAUUCAUGGAUGAUGGCCAUACCCCUGAUCCAUGUUUCAUAAAACACAUUCAGCAGUUGGCAAGACCAUUGAUGAACUUAUACCUGGUCAAGAUCCAACACCAUUGCGAUCCACUAGGGUUUUGCUCUCCAGAGGUUCAGUCUCCAGUCGUCUCCUGAGCAUCGCACUCAACGCCAUCAGGUCUUGGGAUAGCAUGAGAAGCUUAGACGAGAGCAUUGAAGACCGCGGCUUGAGAAUCCAACAAAAGAGGUUUAUAGUCAAGCCGGGGAUGCUCACGAUGUUGCCCCGCCAUCGGGCCGGAGAAGAAUCAUAUCCUCAUCGAGUACCUUAUCACUAAAUUCUGCUCUCACAAAGGUGAGCUUCUUGCAAAAGAAAACACGCAGCAUUCAAAGAGCUGCAGGGUGCAAAAGCUGAGGAAAGGACUUUGGGAAUGGAGGGGGCAGAAACAUUACUCGGAUAUUCGGC